GGAAAUGUAGUUCGUCUCGUUUUUUGCCGCGUUGGACUUGGACAUCCCGGUCGGCUGAGCCUGGGGAUGGCUGAGUCUGCGAGCUUGCGAGUGCAGCUGUGCACGGAACAGUUCGGUUCCCGAGCCCCGCGCGGCUGCCACGCUGCCGCCGACGGCAGCCUGCAGUGGGACGGGGCUCGGCGGUGGGGCUGGCUCUCCGGAGCCCCGACAGCGAAACCCGGGCAGGACGCGGGUGGAGGCGGGGGCCCCUGGGCAGCGCUGCCCGUUCUUUCGGGGCUCAGAGCCGUGCUGCUGCCUCAGGGCUUCCCAGAUAGCGUCAGCCCGGACUACCUGUCCUAUCAGCUGUGGGAUUCCGUGCAGGCCUUUGCUUCCAGCCUCUCGGGCUCCCUAGCCACCCAGGCAGUAUUGCAGGGCUUAGGGGUAGGCGACGCAAAAGCCUCUGUUUCAGCUGCCACGUCCACCUGGCUCCUGAAAGAUUCCACUGGCAUGUUGGGCCGCAUCAUCUUUGCCUGGUGGAAGGGGAGCAAAUUGGACUGUAACGCAAAGCAGUGGAGGCUCUUUGCUGACGUCCUCAACGAUAUAGCCAUGUUCCUGGAGAUUAUGGCUCCCAUGUACCCAAUCUUUUUCACCAUGACUGUCAGUACCAGCAACCUAGCCAAGUGCAUUGUGGGUGUGGCUGGCGGGGCCACUCGAGCUGCACUGACCAUGCACCAGGCCCGAAGAAACAACAUGGCUGAUGUGUCAGCCAAGGACAGCAGCCAGGAGACAGUGGUGAACCUAGCAGGGCUCCUGGCCAGCCUUUUGAUGCUUCCUCUGGUGUCCAGUUGCCCCAGCCUCAGCCUUGGAUGUUUCAUCCUCCUGACUGCGCUCCACAUCUAUGCCAACUACCGAGCAGUCCGAGCCCUCGUCCUGGAGACCUUGAACGAAAGCCGGCUGCAGCUGGUCCUAAAGCACUUCCUUCAGACGGGAGAAGUACUUGAGCCUGCUUCAGCCAAUCAGAUGGAGCCAUUGUGGACAGGUUUCUGGCCAUCCCUGUCUCUGUCCCUGGGUGUUCCCUUACACCACUUGGUCUCCAGUGUCUUUGAGCUGAAGCAGCUGGUCGAAGGGCAUCAGGAACCAUACCUCCUCUGCUGGAACCAGUCACGAAACCAGGUCCAGGUUGUUCUGAGCCAAGUAGCAGGCCCUGAGGCUGUCUUAAGGGCUGCCACUCAUGGGCUGGUUCUUGGAGCCCUGCAGGAAGAUGGACCACUUCCAAAUGAGCUGGCGGAGCUGAGGGAGCAGGCUCGGGCUGGUCCUAAGAAAGAAAGCUGGAUUCUCGUCAGGGAGACACAUCGGGUGUUGGACACACUGUUCCCAAAGUUCUUGAAAGGACUGCAGGCUGCUGGCUGGAAGACAGAGAAGCACCAUCUAGAAGUGGAUGAGUGGAGGGCCACAUGGCCCCUAUCUCCAGAAAAGAAGGUCUUAUGAGCAGCCUGGCUAGAGACCCAGAGCCCAGGACAGGAGCCUAGAACCCAGGACAGGAGCCUGGAGCCAGGACAGGAGCCUGGAGCAAGGCUGCUUCGGCCACAACAGGGUAUUAGAAGGGUGACUUUAUUUUCGCAUAGGCAAACUGCGUGACCAAUUGGCCACCACCUUGUGGGAAGUGACAACCAAUCAAAGACUGGACCCCAGGCAAAAAGGAAGGGAACCAGUUCCUUCCCACCACAUUCUUGCCCCUUUUCCUCUUCGGAGACCCCCUACAAGGUCCCUACCCUCACUUUCUCUGAGGCUCAGGCUCAUGGUACGGAACACGGUUGACUUUAGGCAUAAAAGCCCCAGAGGAACACAGCCACGGUCAUCAUGAGCAGAGCAUUGAGGUUGACCACACGGGCCCAGCCAGGGUCCUCACUGAUGUCCUCUAGCCGCCUGGUUGUUGCAGCCACCUCCUCACUAGUGCGUGGAGGACCCCCUGACCCACUCCGGCUCAUUCCACAGAACCAGAGCAGGCACUGGCGGAGCAGGCUGGGUGCUGGGGGCUGGACCUCUGGAAGAAGUGGGGCGUAUGCAGUUAGUGUGAGGGGAGGCAGCUCCCCUAGCCCCACGACACUUGCUGGGGUGUGCCUUACCUUCGAUCACCACUGCAUGUUCCUGGUACCCAUUCUGCACAGGGGCCGGGUUUGGACUUUCUAACUCAUCAGCAUCUAGGUCCUCUCGUUCUUCCUUGCUAUGCCGGAGACUGAAAACCAGGCGGUGGAGCUGGGAAGUCAGGGGGAAGGGACCGGUGGAGCUUUGCUCUUCGCCCAGGUCCACCCUGGCAUACCAACUUUAUCACUGCCUCCCUAGCCCCCGGCCUGGCCUGCACACUUGCCUAGGCUCAGCUCACUCAAGACUCCUCUUUCCAGGCUGGCCUUUGCCUUCACACUGCACCUCAAGAUCUUCAUCUGAGUAGUAAAGACAGUGGUCCUGCCCAGUUCCGUGUUUCGCCCCAAAUUUUGUGUCUACACCCAGAGUUGUAGUUCUGCAGACUGGUCUUAAAGUUCUGGUCACAGUGUGUUCCCAUUGUCAUUUGUUCUGCUUCCCCCAAAUGUCACUUAAGUAAAUGUGCUUGCCCUGGAAAUAAAACUUGAUACUGAA